AUGUGUGGCAUCCUUGCUUUACUACUUGCCAACACGGCGUCUAAUGGCGCAGCGACAGACCUCCACGAAGCCCUCUACUUCCUUCAGCACCGAGGUCAAGAUGCCUGCGGUAUUGCGACAUGUGCAGCCGGUGGACGAAUAUACCAGUGCAAAGGAAAUGGAAUGGCUGCCAGAGUAUUUCAAGAUGGAUCAAGAAUAGCUGAUUUGCCUGGGUCUAUGGGUGUAGGACAUCUGCGAUAUCCUACCGCAGGAAGUAGUGCCAAUGCUGAAGCUCAACCGUUUUACGUGAACAGUCCUUAUGGUAUAUGCAUGGCUCACAACGGCAACCUCAUCAAUGCCCCAGAGCUAAGAGAGUUCCUGGAUUUGGAGGCACAUCGACAUAUCAAUACAGACUCGGAUUCAGAGCUCAUGCUCAAUAUCUUUGCGAACGAGCUGAAUGAGACUGGAAAAGCAAGAGUUAAUGAGGAUGAUAUUUUCAAAGCGCUCAGCAGGAUGUACGAUCAGUGUAAAGGCGGUUGGGCAUGUACUGCCAUGCUUGCUGGUUAUGGUAUCAUUGGUUUCCGGGACUCUUACGGCAUUCGACCUCUAGUGCUUGGCUCCCGACCCUCAGUGCAAGGUGAAGGUGACGAUUACAUGAUGGCCUCUGAAUCGGUCGCUCUGGAGCAGCUUGGGUUCAAGAUCAUCCGAGACAUAAUGCCUGGAGAGGCAGUUAUCAUCGAAAAAGGCGGUGAACCUCAUUUCAGACAAGUCCAGAAGCCAAAGGCAUAUGCUCCUGACAUCUUUGAAUUUGUCUAUUUCGCACGACCUGAUUCUGUCAUCGACCAGAUCAGUGUACAUCGUAGCAGGCAGCAAAUGGGUGUCAUGCUAGCCAAGAAUAUCAAGAACAGACUGAGCCAGCAAGAACUGGACGAGAUCGAUGUAGUCAUCCCUAUUCCCGAGACAUCUGUCACUUCAGCUGCCGUUGUGGCGAAGGAGCUUGGCAAGGAGUUUACUGGUGGCUUCAUCAAGAAUCGGUAUGUCUUCAGAACAUUCAUCAUGCCGGAACAAAAACAGCGCGUCAAAGGUGUUCGAAGGAAACUUAACCCCAUGGCCAUUGAGUUCAAGAAUCGCAACGUGUUACUUGUCGACGACAGCAUUGUUCGUGGUACUACUAGCCAUGAGAUAGUGAACAUGGCAAGAGAAUCCGGAGCCAAAAAAGUACAUUUCGCAAGUUGUGCACCCCCAAUUACUCAUGCUCAUAUUUAUGGCAUUGAUUUGGCAUCGCCAUAUGAGCUUGUAGCACAUAAUCACCAAGGUGCCGAUGCCAUUGCGAAACAUAUUGGCGCAGAUAGUGUGAUCUACCAGUCACUUGACGACCUGAAAAAGGCAUGCAUCAUGGCUGCUGCAGAUUCUGGCGCAGUUGAUGCUCCGUCGAAUUUCGAGGUCGGAGUAUUCUGCGGCACGUAUGUCACUCCUGUGGACCGUGCUUACUUUGAUCAUUUGGAGCAAAUUCGUGGCCAGAGCAGGAAACUCAAAGUCGAGGAAGAAGCUCGCCGUGCUGUAGCUUCGGGUGUCGCAGGACCACAGCAGCUUCAGGUUGCUGCGAAUGGAGCUGUCGUCGAGACUAAUGGUCAAGUUGUCCCUGCUGAACCUGCCGACGGAAAAAUCGAGGUGCCUGCCAAUAAUCAUAUGACGAAUCAUGAAGAGGCUGAAAGUCCUUCUGUAAAGACUAGAAUGGACAUCAGCAUUCACAACAUUGGCGACUAUCAGAGGGAACACUAA